GAAACUUUAAACAUAAUGUGAAAGCUAGUUAAAAAUAAUUCUCUUUCACCCAAAACUAAAAAAUCAGUGAUUAUUUGAUUAUGCUUCUCAAUCUAAUAUAGUAUUUAAAUUUAAAAAACCAAUUAACUUUAUUCUACUUUGUUUUUUAUCUGACGUUAAAACUUUAUUAUGUUGAGAAGAACUGUCUGCCUGCUGAAAUGUGGCCGGUCAUUUUGUUGCACUUAUCGCAUAAAUGCAUUCCAUACUAACACAGUGAAAGUUUUGUGUUCAGCUCGUGAUAAAGAUCUACCAUUUCCUCACAUGCCAACAGCUGUUAGCAAAGCACAUAACCAUGAUACAGAUAUUUUGUUGGAACAGAUACACAAAAGCAAAACACUCGAUAGAAUUCUGGAGCUAACUAAUAUGCAUCUGGAAGUAAUGAAUAGCAACCAUAUUGUCGUAUGUUUUGAAAAUAUUCAUCAUGUUUUGAAGUCAGAAAAUACUUCUGUUCAUCAAAGUUUGAUACAAAACAAGACAUUUCAAGCUCUGUGUACGCGGCUGAUGCGGACAGUUCGGUUUUUAGAGCCCCAAGAAUUGAUCACUGUGUACAAGUGUCUAGCACUGCUUAACAUUCGUAACAAUACAUUUGUAAUGCAAGCAGUAUUAAAAAUGAUAGGGGCACGUCUAAAUGACAUGACUUUAAAUCAGUUGACAUUUGUCAGUUUUCUUCUUAGCCGGCAAAAACAUAAUUCAUUAGUUGAUGGUUUAAGAUUAGCCUUACCACUAGUUUUGCAGGUUCAAAUUGAUCAGCAACUUGAUUCAGAAAAUAUGACAGAAGUUACAGAUUGUUUACAGUUAGCUUGCAAAUCGAAAUUAAAACCUGCAACUAUUGAAAAAAUUGUUUCAACUAUUAUAGAAAGGUCUCCUGUGUUGACUACUGAUCAAGCAAUGACUAUAAUAUUUGCAUUACUAAAUCUUGAAACUCCUGUAGAUGGGUAUAACGAAUUGCUUAAAGUGUCAUUUGAUGUCUUAUGUAAAAAUAUAGAAAUAUUACAUCUAAAAGAAAUUAUUCCUGUUUUACGCGUAUGCCGAAAUCAAGGUUUUUACCACGGCCCAUUUUUCUUCUGUGUUGCUGAAGCUAUUGUGGCUAGUAAGUGGAAUUUGCAGAGUACAUAUGAAAUAUUUUUACAUUUUUACAAGUUAAGUUUUUGUCCUUCAAAUUUAAUGGACUACCUUGUCGAUGCUAUUUGCUCAGAAGCAGAAAGCGUGAGGACUACACAAGAAUAUUCUCCCCUUAGUAUUGUUGAAUAUUUGACAGCAACUGGAUAUCAACCCCCUCGAGUCGAUGAAGCUGUCAACGUCUUGUUUUCGUGUAACAGCAGAAUAGAGCAAUUAUAUGAAAAUUCGCCAAAUCUUGCUGUGAAAUUUGUAAGCUGUCUUGCCAUGCUAGGCCAGUUUCCACCAGACUUGUUAACAAGAGUUCUCAACGAAAAUUAUUUAUUUGAUGCAUGGAGCCUUAGUAAAAAGCAAGGAAGAGCUGCAGAAUUUGAAAGGAGUUUAUUUUCUAUCAUGUGGGGUCUUGAAGUUUAUGAUCAAAACGAACAAUUUUCUCUUCCUGAUAGUAUUAUAAAAAAACUUACUCAAGGCAUUUAUCAAAGGCAUGUAGAUGCUGGAUGUCCAUUAGCAAAGUUCAUCGAAAAUGGACUUGGUGGAUCGCAGUUCUUGCUGAGUGGUGUCUAUACUCAUGAUGGCCAUGUCAUAGAUCACAUUGUUGCCAUGAGGAGUGGAAAUUAUCCCGUUUCUAUACAAAAAUCACUUUCUUCUGCACCUGAAAAAUAUUACCAGAAUAUAGUUUUUGUUGAAGAUAUUGAUCUCCCACUUGAUGCUAGAAUUGUUGCUGUCAUGGUCACAUAUGAUGAGCAAUAUUGUAAGGAUCCUGAAGUACUACGAGGAUGGAUGGAUAUAAAAAUUAGAAGCUUAGCAAAGAGAGACUAUUCUCCUGUUAUAAUACAUUAUUCACAUUGGAGGGAUCUACCUGAUCGGGAAAAAAUUCCGUAUCUGAUGCGAGAAAUAAAGCAAGCUGUUCAAGAUAAGGAUGCAUUAAAGACUACAUUAAGCUGAAAAUUUAUUGCCUAAUCUGUAAUUAGUCAAUAAAUGUCUUAAAAUUGAUUGUACCAUUAGUAA